GUAAAGACGACCACGUCGCGAAGCAAUUCGGUGGUAAAAUUUCGCUGGACUCGUUCACCAAAGUCUACCAGGACAUGCGGAACUUCUACCUGCAGAAACAAGGACUUUUUGGAUCAGAAGACACCAAGACGCUAGCGAUCGCAUUAAUAGACGA